AUGGUGGUGGUGGCGACACCCCCGGCCGCCGCCUCGCAUUCCGUCUCCUGCAGCUCGCCCCGGCGGCUGGGCCUCGCAGGUGCCUCCUCCCGCGGGCCGACGCCGGCCAGACCACGGAGACCCGCCCAAGUCCGCGUCCCCCCCACCCUGGGGGCGCUGGUCGAGGCAACCAGGCAGACUUCGCCGGCUGUCGUCAGACAAGGCGGGGCCAUCGGAACAGAUGUGGGGAGCUACUCUAUUCAACUGGCCGAUCGAGGGAACGGCGCCGCCUCGUCCCCUGCAUCUCUCCGGGACCGCACAGAUGACAUGCAGGCUGAGACAAGAGCGCUGGGUCGAGCAGUUGGCGCCACCGUGUAUACCCCAGAGCUUCUUGCCGAUAAGUACGGCUCCCGUCCCAUCAAGGUGAGAAUCCCCAUUCGCUCUCCGAUUCUUUUUCGCGGUGUUGUAUGGCUGACGUCCGCUGUGUGCCAUCUUUGAUCUUUCUCUCUCUCUCUCUCUCCCCGUCUGAAUUCAGGUAGCUCAGAGGGCGAUGGAGAUAUUGACAGCGCUGGGCAGGUUCGCCGUGAAGCUGCUCUUAGAUGAACGUAGCGGGCAGCUUGACCAGAGGAAGCGCCAGAGAGCGGCAGAGCUCAGGGAAAUCUUCACAAGCCUGGGGCCUACAUUUGUAAAGAUAGGACAGGGCCUCUCCACCAGGCCGGACAUCUGCCCGCCUGAGUACCUUGAGGAGCUGUCCGAGUUACAGGUACAAAGCCCACGGGAAAUCUUUAUUCAUCGCCCAAUCCUGCAACCAUAUUGUUUAUCUUUGUGCCCUUCGACCACUUUCAUUCAUGCUUGAUGUUUCUCGCAUUUCUUGAUGUACAUGUCUCUUUCUUUCUUCCUGAAAUCGCUCAUGAGAAGAAUUUAGACUGCCUGCGACUCCAGUAAUCUUCAAAAAACUGCGGCUAUCCGCCCGCAUUUUUCCAAUAAGUCACUGAUACGUGUAGUAAACAUGGUAUAAACUAAAAAAAGUUGGCAUGGGCUGCUGCCUUGUAGGUGGGGAUGGAUAGGUCAAGACAGAGUUUUCAAGAUUGGAGCUUGUGAGUGGCCAGCAUUGGAACGUUCAGGCUCACGAACAUGUUUGGUCACCUUGUUUGAAGUUUUACCUGAGACGAACUCCCUGUCUUCUCUCCUUUUGCUUCUAUCAUUGUCUUAACUGCUUUCUGUCUUCUCCCUGACUUUCUCCUCCCUUAUGGUCUUGUGCAUAACCGACCCUCCUUCCUGAUUCUUGAUUAAUCUUCAGAAUGGAUGCGCCCUACUAUACCCUUGCACAGCAAAGUAAACUACGUUUCUCUGACAACUUUGUGAAUUAACUUGCCCUUUUUUCCUAUCUUGUAGUUUUCUUCUGCCCUUCUCUCUCUCUCUCCUUUUCUCUUCCUUCUAUGUUUCUUACUGAUUCCCUUCUCCUUCAUGCACAGGCUUCCUACUAUUCCUUCUAUCUUCCAUCAUAACUUUUUCUCUCCUAUUCUUCCCUUUGACUAGCCCCUUCCCUCCUCGACCUAGCCAACACUGUUGUAUGCAACCCCACUAUUCAUUGCACUCUUGUUGAAGGUGGGUAGUAGGAUUCAUGUUCCCUUGAGUUUCCCUGAUUUAUAAGGUGGUUGUCGCCAAUAUUUGAGGGUGAAAAAAUGGAAAUCAUAGUGCGUGUUUUGACUGAUGUACAACGAGGUAUGUCCAUACUCGAGUGUUAAAAAUACUGUUCACAUCCUAGUAAGAUAAAUCUGAGAUAUUCUUUGGAUAAAAAGUUUGUGAAUUCCUGCAAGUUUCAAUCAAUCAGCAUGAUUGUUUGGCAUCACUAUCCCAUGGUUAUGCGCAUCAAAGAUUUUAAACCCUAUAAGUCAUCUUGAUCAAGUUUUGACUACAGUCAAAUCAUGAUCCUUGGGAUGGAGUUUAAGGCCUAUCCACUUCCUUUGCCGUUGCUGCUACCACCUAUGCAUGCCACCUAGUACACUAAACACGACCAUUUCCCCAUUUUCGCAAAUAUGAAAAUAUUUUAUGCAUGUCCUUGAGAUUUAUUAGGAACUCUUAUUUCCUUUUAGGUGCUCAUUGUAUCCGUCCCUAUCGUUAUGUUUCAGUUCGUUUCGACAAUAAAUUGUCAUGAAAAGACAAGUUGGAAAAUAGAGGGUCAGGGACGAAUAGGUUAUUCACCCCAUUAUGGUGCCAGCUCUCACUGUCAAAAGCCCAUGUCUCCAUUUGCUUGCUACAUGUCACUGAAACCGGACUCUUCCCCCUCCUCCUCAUGAUGCCAUGCCUAUGUCAAGUAGUGCCAUCUUGGCAAGUAUCUUGGGUAUGAUAGGGACCGAAUCUCAUUGGAACUUCGAAGUUAAGCAUGCCUAAGUGAGAACAAUCUUAUGAAAUCAGCUCUAUCUAUCCAACUGGUGUAAGUCAAAUGGAUGGAUAUUUCUUUUAUGAUUUAGUUUUUGGUGUUGAGAGUUUCAUCCAUCUAUCUCCACACUUCUCCACUUUAUGAUUGAGUAGUUUGCUAUUUAGAUGGCAAAUGAGUGGAGGCUUUGGAAUAGUCACAAGUUCUCUGGGUAUUCACUCGCACAGCAUAUUUGGUAGAGGAUCUUCAGUACGUGUUAGCAAUUGGCCCAGCCUGAGAUAAUAAUGGUAUAUCAACAAGGACUAAGUUGUGUGGUGUCUCCAACUCCGUCCAACCGUUAGGUCCUUUGAAAGAAACAUGGCAAUCAAAUGCUUUGGCAUGAGAGUUUUUGUGUUGAUAAAGUUUUUUCUAUUUAUUUAAUUGUGAAAAACAGGGCAUGGUUGCUUUGGAGUGUUGGAAGAGGUCAUUGCUUUGAGAAUCUCAAACAAUGUGCACCAUCUCAACAUGUGCUUUUCCUCUGGCUCAGGGGGAUUCUUGUUUUUAGGGAGCUGAUUAUAUACAAUUGCUAGUAUCUUUUGUCCUUUUUUUCAUGCUUAUUGAUUUAUUGGUAGCUGUUGCAUCUAAGCAAAGAACUCAUUGGAAGUUACAUGGUUUAGACCCAGUCAAUAUGAUCCCAGUUAAGAAGGCAUUUGAGUUGGACCAGGAAAUAUGUCAGGCUACAUUGAUUGUGACUCAGGGUUUUUUUUUUCCUUUUCCUACCGCAUACAAAAGCUCAACUAUUUCUAUACCAUAACCAGAGAUAGUGACAUAACUAUUAGUUAUAUGCUUGAUAAUUGAUAAUACCAUGGACAAAAGUGGAGUCUUGAGUUUCGAAUGAGCCUCAGGGAGGCGAACAAAAUAAUUUUCUAGUCUUUAGCUGUUGUUAACAUGAAUCAACGCCAUUCCUGAUGAACAGUCUAGGGGUGCAUGUUUAAUGGAUCUUUUACCUUGAAAAUACUUGUUAAGUAUUAUUGAGACUACAUUAAAACUAUCAAUAGAAAGUUUUCCGCCUUCAAUUUUACUGGAGAGCUGAGCGCAUAGUUGCAGUUGGAGUUUUGAUACACCAGCUAGUAGAUCAAAGAAUUUUCUUGCCUUUGGCUGUUUUUAACUUGAAUCAACGUCAUUCCUGAUGAAGGAGAUAAAAAAGUCUAGGGAUGCAUAAUUAAAGGAUCUUCUACCUUGAAAACACUUGUGAAGUAUUAUUUAGACUACCUUAAAACUAUCAAUAGAGAAAUUUCCGCCUUCAAUUUUGACCGGAGAGCUGAGUGCAUAGUUGCAGUUGGGUUGUCUUGAUCUGCUGCAUCUUUUUCCUUUUUUUACCAUGAAUGAUUGUGAAAGCUGACAUGUGAUGUCAGUGUUUUGUAUUUUGUUAAACCUAUUUGAUCUUAGACCUAUAGUUUUCUAUCAGUUGUUAGGGGUAGUCUGUACGCCAAUCCUAACCAGGGGUUUUAUGUGGUUCAAUGAAUUCUGAAGUGUUUUCUUUUCAGUGAUUUUCUCAGAAAAAUUGAGAAAUCCAAAGCUUUUGGAGGAUUUACAGUCUCCAAAAGUUUACCCAUGACAAAACACUUUUUCCAGACAUUGUUAAUACCUUCUGAAGAAACACCCACUUGGGCUGCAAACCGGAUGAUAUGAUUAGAACUAUAGGAGAAUUAUUUCCAUUCAGACUUCAGUUCGUUCUUAUUCCAUCCAUGAGAAGGUUCUGCCAUUUUCGAUAGCAUUAUCAUAAUUGUCUUUAAAAUAAAAAUAUCAUGCUUAGUGACUAGAUUUGUCGGUAAUAAGUUUUGUCAAUAUUCAGUUUAGCUCAAACUUGUUUCUCAUUAGAGUUUGAGUAUGCUGUAGAUUAAUUUUUUUUAAAAAAAUUGUGUUGGUAAAGUUCUGGCAUCUCAUGCCACACAAGCUAUGACCUACUACUGAUGCCACAAAGUGAAGGGAACAUACAUUAGCUAUCUUGAAUAUUUAACAAUAAAUUUACGGGUAAGUCAUUAGUAUUGUGUCAACAAAAUGCUCCCGUCGGUUAAGCAUUUCUGACUUUUCUGUCAAUGUCGCUUACCAAAGCAUCAGCGUUUUCGUUUGAGCAGGAUGCACUGCCAACAUUUCCAGAUGCUGAGGCUCUUUCAUGUAUAGAGAGGGAACUGGGUUUGCCACUUGAUUCUAUUUACUCAUCAAUCUCACCAUCCCCAAUUGCUGCGGCCAGCCUAGGACAAGUUUACAAGGCACGACUUAAAAGUACUGGACAGAUUGUUGCAGUGAAAGUACAGCGACCUGGUAUUGAAGAAGCUAUAGGCCUGGACUUUUUCUUGUUAAGAGGCCUUGGUUCCCUGAUAAAUAAAUAUGUGGACUUUAUAACAAGUGAUGUUGUUGCUCUCAUUGAUGAGUUUGCACGAAGAGUCUACCAGGAGCUCAACUACGUCCAGGUACAUACCUUUGUAUUGUUUUCAUUUUUCUGUUGUGGGCUGUGCCCGUACUCCAGUACUAUCAGAGUGGUUGGCCAUCUACUUUUUUUCUCUUAAUUGCUUAUUUGUAUGCAGGAAGGACAAAAUGCAAGAAAAUUUAAGAAAUUAUAUGCUGACAAGGAAGAUGUUUUAGUCCCGGAUAUAUAUUGGGAUUAUACCAGUGCAAAAGUAUUAACAAUGGAGUGGGUGGAUGGUAUCAAGUUAAAUGACCAAGAAGCUAUUGAAAAGCAAGGUCUAAAGCUUUUGGACCUUGUCAACACGGGAAUCCAAUGUAGUUUGAGGCAACUGCUUGAGUAUGGAUACUUUCAUGCGGAUCCCCAUCCUGGCAAUCUACUUGCAACACCAGAGGGCAAACUGGCGUUCCUUGAUUUUGGGAUGAUGAGUGAGACUCCAGAAGAAGCUAGGCUCGCCAUUAUUGGUCACGUUGUUCACAUGGUUAAUCGAGACUAUGAAGCUAUGGCUCAAGAUUACUAUGCAUUAGAUUUCUUGGCUCCUGACGUUGAUGUUUCUCCCAUUGUACCAGCUCUAAGAAACUUCUUUGAUGAUGUUCUUAAUUCAACUGUUAGUGAAUUGAAUUUCAAAACAAUUGUUGACGGAUUGGGCAAUGUCUUAUAUCAGUUUCCAUUUACUGGUGGGUUUCUCCUUUUUCUGGCUUCUCUUCUAGCUGCUACUAUCUAUCAUGUUGUUUGUCGAUUUAGAUUGUGGAAGAGUAGGUCCAAAUUUUACAUUUUGGUGAAGUUCUAUUUAAUGAAGUUUAUAUGUUUCUUUCCUUCGAUUUUUCCAGGAUACAUCUAGAAAUUGUGAAUAUAAAAAUGUCUUUGAAUGUUUACUUUUGCGAACAGUAUAGGUAACCUAAUUUGCUCGUUUAUGAACAAUGUCUAUGUGAUAGUUUUGUGUUUUUGCCUUGUAUCUAUCCCUUGAUUGAUUAUGUGAUUGUGAGCAUACUUAUGUGGUCAAGUGUUGAUAGCAUAAGUAGUUUUUCAUCAGGUGGCUCUUCUUCAUCAAGUGUUGAUAGCAUAAGUUUCUAAGAACCUAGACUUCUCUUGAAAAAUUUUAUCCCUAAUUUUAAUCAUGGUCGUGGAAGCAUAUAGGAUAGAUGUAGAAUAUUGUUUAUCUAAGAUCAACUCCUGCAAAAUAGCUCUCAAAAGACUGGCUGCCUGUGACACAGUUUCAUCCAUAAAUUCUUCAAUUUCAGAAUACUUUAAUGGAUAAUUUGUUUGUUAGUUGUGCGAUCAUUUUUACUGCCUAGAGAUCUAAGAUUAAUUAAAUGACACAGGUGUUUGACAGACAUUCCCAAGACUGAUCUGAAUCAGCUGAACCAGUUCUGGAAAUCAAUUUCUAAAACCGUUCUAUGAAAAUCAUUGUUAUUAUUAUUGUUAUACGAUUAAAGAAGUCAUCCCCCCUAGAUCCCAACUUUGUCGCCCUUUUGUUAAAUAUUGACAUUCUUCUUGUCAAAUGAUUGCCUAGAACUUUAUUGAGUUGUGUGCAGUAGACAAAUCUAAACUCUUCAGUUUGACAGCAGCAAUGUGGUCACUCAAUCCUCCUGACAAUUUUCGCAAGGAUCUAUGGAUUUACUGAUAAACACCAAUAACUAUAUUGCUACCAUCACAAACUCCCUAGCCUAUUGACAGUACUUCUGCACAUAUAUUUCUUUGUAAAGGGUGUUCAAAGCUUUUCCUCUAAAGGGUGACGAAGAUACCACUUUCAUUACCAUCAGAGAACUAUGAUGUAUCUCUUUGUUCGCAAUUCUUCCCAACCCCCAUUAUACAUAACUUUUACGGUUCUAAUAUUUCUUAUAUAUAUUUGUCAUUCCUCAAAUGUGUUGUGAACUUUCAGCAGUCUCUCAAAAACGGUGUUUACUAUAAAAAUAAGAAAGUUCAUGUCCGCCUUUUUGAAUAGAAACAACACGUUCCCUUUCAGUUUUCUAUUCUUAUUCUAGUUUAUUUUUGACAUCUUUAUCCUCCUAAUACUUCUUUCUUUAAUGGAAGGUUACAUAGAGUGAAUUUGGAAGACUGUUGGCAGCUAAUCGUGUGUAUUCUAGUUAAUGACCUGUAUUCUUAGCCAUGCUUGUGAUAAGUGCCAUCCUUCUGUGCUUGACCUAACUUGGUGCAUUAUACUGUUUGCAGUUCCGGCAUACUAUGCACUGAUUCUGAGAUCACUUACUGUCCUGGAAGGCUUAGCUCUUUAUGCCGAUCCUAAUUUCAAGGUACUUGCAGCGUCAUAUCCAUAUUUCGCCAAAAGGCUUCUCACGGAUCAAAAUCCAUAUCUUAGAGAUGCACUUAUUGAACUGAUUUUCAAAGAUGGGAGAUUCAGGUAUGUCUGGGUCAUGUGAAGGUACCUACUAAUUUUGGAGUAUAAGCGAUAGCUUGACGAAUUUAUCAUUCACAUGAAGGUGGAACAGGCUCGAAAAUCUGCUUGUUCAAGGUCGUAAGGAUAGAGAUUUUACUACUAAAGAUGCUUUGCAACCUGUUCUUAAGCUAUUAUUGGACCCUGAUGGAGAGGAGCUUCGGGCUUUAGUUGUCAAAGAGGCUGUCUAUGUUACAGAAGCUGUUGCACUUGGCACAAUGAUUGAUACUUAUAAAUCUAUUCCUCAGUUUAUGAGAGCUCUAGCUCCUAAUGGCAGUUCACUGGGCCCUUUCAAGUUGAAGGAUGGUGAACAAGAACGAAUGCUGGAGUUGCGGGAUAGAGUGUUUAGAAUAUGGAUUCUAUUAAGAUCCUCUGAGAAUUUUGAUCCAAGCAUUCUUCAGCCUGUUCUACAGGUAUCUACGCCUUAAUUCCCUGCUAGCAUUUCUCAGUCAUUCUGAAUCUUUGGUAAUCAAAAUCUCUUCUUCCUUGAUUCAAUUAUCUAUUCCUUUUUUAUUAUUGGCAAGUCAUCUUUUAAAUGAAUUCGUCACCUCAGUAGGUUAAACAUCCACAUUGCAUCUACAAGCUACUCAAAAUACGUGACAAUAACGUUUGGCAGGAUGGAAGCAUUUUGUCAGGAAGUAACAACAUUGAAAGGAGAUUCCUCCCAAAGAUCUCUGACCUAUUUGUUUAGGCUUUGACUUGCUGGAACCGAUGUUGCAUGUUAAAUGUGAAUCAUUUAAAAGGAUAGCAUUUUCCUUUAACCGGAAUUAUCUCUAUUAUCUUGCCUAUCACUUUUUUACCUGGGUUGGUCAUUUUUAUUUAAUUUUUCUAAAUUAGUAACCCAUUGCAACUCUAAUGUAGAAAAGCAUGGCAUUGAUAGGUUCUGCAGGAGCCCGAAGGUCGUAAUCUUGGCGGACGGGUUGUGGGAGGAAUAUCACAACGUCUUGCUGCUCGUCUAUUGCAACAACUUCUCAUGUCUCCUGUCUCGGUCAAUGGAACUCCAUAG